CCGUACGUUCCACAACAGACUCCACGGUCGAACGCGCGACGCACAGCCGAAAUCAGCAGCACCGCGAAAAUUCAAACUUUGAAGUUACGUAGAAAGUUAUUGUUGGACCGAUCAUGAAGCUCGCAGUUUCUCUCCUCGUCGCCGCGUUGUGCCUUUGCCAGAUGGCGGCGGCCUACAGCACUCUGAGCAACAAAUUGAGCGACGCCAAGAUCGACUCGAUGCAGCAGAUAAAUUCGAUCGUGAAUCCGACGCUCGCGAGCAUCGAGCGAGCGACGAAGGAAUCGACGGCGGCGGGCAAGGACGCUACGCGUUGUUACACCCAAGCAAAAUCUGAACUCCGAACCUACAGUCUGGACGGAUUCAGCGCACUGGACACGUGUCGUCGCAACGCUCUCAACGCUUAUCCGAUCAGCAACGAAUCCGCGAUACUCAGCCACGCAAUCACCUGCAACCGCGGGGUGGUCAUCAAAGUCAGAGAUGGUACCUGGGAGGUACAACGAGAAUCCAAUCGUUGCAUAGCCGCACUUUAGAUAUCGAUAUAAUAACGAUGUAACUAAUCACAUAUUUAUUGAUCUACAUAUAAUUAAACGUUGAUUUUUAUA